CGUCAUCUUCCGCUGCGCCAGGCCAGCUGAUCCUCGCCGCGACUUCCGUUGUAUGCCCUCGCACUUUAAGCUCAUUUCUGUUGAACGGCGGAAUCAUGUUAUUAAGAGAGCAGUUAGCGUCCUCGUGGCUCGUCAUGCACGCGGCGCUCGUCGCCGCCGCCUGCGGCUUCUCCGAGCUGGAGGCCGGGCCUGGCGCUGCUGCUAGCACGCCGAGCGGCGGCGGCGGCGAGCGCUUUAGAAUCGAGGGCAGAGCCAUCGUCCCUGGCGUGAAAACCCAGGAGUGGGUGGCCACGGCGCGGGUUCUGGUGGAAGGUGAAGAAUACGUCGGUUUUCUGAGGACAGACGGCAGUUUCACAGUCAAUGAUGUUCCGUCUGGUUCAUACGUGGUGGAAAUAGUGACGCCCACCUUCCGAUUUGAGCCGGUGCGUGUGGAUAUCACAUCCAAGGGGAAAAUGAGAGCUCGCCUGGUGAACUACAUCAAGCCCUCAGAAGUCAUCAGGCAGCCGUACCCGCUCCAAAUCCGAGCCAAUGGCCAUCACAGCUACUUCAUGAAGAGGGAGACCUGGGGCUGGACCGACUUCCUCAUGAACCCCAUGGUGAUGAUGAUGGUGCUGCCGCUGUUGAUCAUCGUCCUGCUGCCUAAAGUGGUCAACACCAAUGACCCGGAGAUGAGGAAGGAGAUGGAACAGUCUAUGAACAUGCUGAACCCCAACCCCGAGCUCCCAGACGUCUCUGAGCUCAUGACCAAGCUCUUCUCCGGCUCCAAGGCUUCGUCCAGCAAAGCCGGCGCCGCCGGCGGCAGCAGCAAGGGAGCCAGACCAGCGGUCAAGCGGAGGUAGUGGCCUCCACACGGCCUCCGGAGUCGGGUCCUGCUGCAGAAGCAAGGUGGUUUUUUUAAGUGUCUAUUUUUCUUUUCCUCCCUCCCGAGCUCCUGUACAGUUUAUUACAGUCAUUGUAACAAUUAGGAGCUAAAAAAAAUCCAACCAUGAUAAUUCUUUUUUGUAUUGCACUGAAAGCAUCUGUUCUUCUGCAUCUGCUCUCCGGCCUGUCAUCAGUCUGAGCUCCUCUUCCUCCUCCUCCUCUUCCUCCUCCGCUGCUGCUGCUACACCCUCGACCUGACACACAAGGUCUAUCCUCAGAGACUCGCUCCUUUCCAGUGAUGUGACUGUGAACCAAUAUGACAUUUUAAACUGAUAAAUUCUUAUUUAAAGACGAGAUGAAUAAAAGAAUGACAUGGCAUUUGUGUUUGCGCGAGGAUGUUUCCACACGGCCAGUAGGUGGCGCUAGACUCAAUGGUUUCUAGAGGGGAGACUUGAGUGUCGCACUCCAGGAUCCAGACCAGAGCUGCGCAACUGUUGGCCAGAAAUGUCACCUAAAUCAACUCG